AUGUCGUCCGCUGCGGUGGUCAUUAUUUCUUCCUCCCCUCCCCCAGCGUUCGCCCCAUCUCCCACACCUGCUGAAUCCCCUUCACGCUCGAAAUCACCCAGUACGCCUGUCAGAGACGGUGCCAAACGAUUCAAGAGGUCGGGCCAAUCAAGACAUGGGUUCUCGCCUUGCUUUAGCAGUGCACAUGCCCUUUUGGCUCGACCAGGGGCAGAAAAUAUUCUCUUGCAGUCUCCCUGCAGAUCAAAAUUCAGGCCCCAAGCAUCAAAUCAUGUCCGGGACGAUUCUGGAAGUCCAACUACGACGACGCACUAUGCAAGAAAGAGAACAGAAUCUCGAACCGAGCAGCUCUCGAACCAUUUCAAACCCUCCAAGUCAUGUGCUCCACUGACCGGUAUACGUGUCAAAGUCGCGCAGCAGGAAGACCAACUUGGCUUUGAAGAUGGCUGUGAGGCUCUACUAUCGCCUGGAAGCAAAGAGAAACCCCCCAAAGUUAGGUACUCAAGCCUACCGCCAACGGAGAAGGCCGUGCCACGAAGAUUGGACUGGACUCCUGUCAAAUCAAAUGAGCACUCUUCGGAGACUCCGGUGUCAGGACCGCAGGGAAGCCGAUUUGCAAAUGCUCUUCUGGAUGCUUACGCCUAUCCUGCGUCUGCCAGUGGACCUCAGACGGCAGCAAAGAAAGUCAAUGGAAACGGGGAUCAGUCCAAGAGAAAACGGAUUGACCUUGUUAUGGCUACUGCAACGACACCAGCAUCGUCUGUCUCGCAGUCGCGCACGGCCAAAGACGCAAAAGUUGGUAGUCGGGGCAAAGGGAAAGCACCUCCCAAGAAGGCUCUUACGAUCACUGCUUUGGCUACUUCUGCUUAUUGUAACGGCCAGGAUAAGGGGGGCAAGCUACAGCCCAUGGUGGAAUAUCUGACAUCAACCCAAGCUGCUGUCGGCAACGAUAGCGAGUCAGUUGUUGAUGUGAGCCUCAAGAAAUUCUCCAAGCCUAAGACUGCGGCUAAGAGAGCGGGUCCAUCAAACAAAGCGCCGGUGAAGAGUCGAUUGGUCUCUCCUGCAUCUGCGAUGAAGACGACCCUUGAGCAACCGGUUUUAUUUGGUCCAGCAAGUCAACUGGCACGAGACGAAUCGCCUACACUGAUGCGUGACACCAUGGAUGCGCUCAAGCAAUCCGAAGAGAUCUCAUCUGAUCCGUUCUCUCCGCAACGGACCCAGCCAUUUUCGAUUGAAUCAACAUCGCCUAGAGUUGUGCACGGGACGAAUCGACUGGUCAGGCGAAGAAAUCUGUGGAGUGCAGCUGGCCGAGACGCAGACAAUGCUCUGUUGCAGGUUGAGACGGUGGACAUGACCGACUCUCCCGCCGUCCGUCAGGCUCUUGCUGGCAAGGAUGCUCUUAUGCAGUCUGACGGCCUUCACCAUCAUACACGGCUCGUGGACGAAGGGAACACCCGCUCACCCGGCACUCGGACUCCGUAUAAUGGGAGCGUAAGGCCGGUGAUUGACAUCUAUGAUAUCGAGACACCUGGUCUUCGUGGUCCCGUUGUACAUACGACGAAUCCUCCCGUUAGAGGGAUGCAUACUUUACGGACAGUGGAGGGACGACACGACGACAGUUGCGCCGAGCAUCAGCCCGGCGGAGCACAAUCCAAACCAACGGACGCCUCUCCGAGACCAAAGGCGGUCAUGCCAUCUUACGGAGGAUGGUCCGAUCAUGAGCUUAAGAAACAGAUAGCUACGUAUGGGUUCAAGUCCAUCAGAAAACGGGAGAAGAUGAUUGAACUUCUUGAACGAUGCUGGAAGAGCAAGCAUGGUAUUGUGCAGGAUAGCGACGGGCCAGACCAUGCGGCCGAUACAUUGAGUCAUGGUGAUUUUCUCAGUAAAGUCCAUGAUGUCUCUGCGAGGCCAACUCCAAAGGUCAAGAAACCCCGGGCCAAACGAAAUUCAGACAGUGGUGACCCGGCGACCCCGAAAGAGCCCAAGAAGCGGAAAAAGGCAGCGUCCAAGACAGAGGAGUCUUCGAAGAAAGAAGACGCCCCUCGAAAGCGCGGAAAGAAAAACAAAGCGCUUUCUGAAGAGAAGAUUAUGGAUGUGGACGACAUCGACGAGACCAAUGUCGAGCGAGCAGCAGCGGAGAACGAGGAUCUACCAGCAGUAUUAAACGAACCGGAGGAGAGCAGAGUUAACGUCGGGCAUGUCUUGACUAGCCUUGCCACACCACCUCCUACGUUACCGAAACCCGAUUCUUCAGUCACAACCAUCGAACUCGAAGAUGUAAAUAUGGACGUCGCUGAGAUGCCGCCCUCUGUCCUCACACCCAAGCAAACACAACCGACAGAUGUUAUGGUACAAAUACAUGCUGCUAUUCAUCAUCACCCAGCUACUCGACCCCAAGGCCCAGACUCGCACGAUCAUCAAAGAUCACCCACCUGGCGGGAGAAGAUUCUCAUGUACGAUCCCAUCGUCCUCGAGGAGUUCACUGCCUGGCUCAACACAGAGGGUUUCAAAGCCAUUGGCGAAGAUGGGGAAGUGACCCUGCUGGAAGUCAGGAACUGGUGCGAACAAAAUGGUGUUUGCUGCCUUGGAUGGAGGGGACGUGGAAAGCACGGUGAAGGAGAAUGA